AUAAAGAGCAAUCAGACCAUAAACGUUUCAAUGAGAUAUUUUAUUAGUCGAGUUCAAUUGAGUAUUUUUCGCAUCAUACAACUCACCUCGGUCAACAAAAUGGAGAUCAGCACCCGUGAAGAACUGUUCGAAGAAGUUGCCAAUAAUAUACUUAUGUUGAAAACAGACUGCAGAUUGUUUCAAAUAUCUAUGGCUAGAGUUAUUCAGAAACUACUUAACCGUGUGCGCAGAGAAUGGUGGUCUAAUCAGCUAUUUAUAGUUGGGAGUGUGCCUGAAGGGCUACCAUUCCCAUUCUGUAGUGAUUUGGACUUUAUGGUAAUUAAACGAAAUUUUCCAGUUGUGUUUUGGCAAUCUAAAUUAAAAUUGGAGCGGCAAUCCAGAAGUUCUGUAAUGGCUGAGCAAAAUAUAAAUGAACCAGCAUAUGUGAGGCUUAGAGUAGCUGACAAAUUAUGUCUAAAUGAGGAUAUUAGACGUAGCAUUGAUGGCGAUGGGUAUCUAAGGAAUAAAAGUUUCAUCAAUAAUUUGCAUAGAGACGAGUCUAUGCCAGUGAUAUGGAAUCGUAGGGUACAUGGCCCUUCACUAGCGGGAUUAUUGUUUAUGGGACCUGUGAAUCAUGAAUUAGCAGUAAAGGUAGACAUGGUGUAUAGUUUGAAAUGCAGACAAUGGCCUCCUUUCACUAGUAAUUUCUUUAAUAGAAGCAGGCUGAACGGCUGGCCAUCAAAGGAGUUGCUAGUCAAACUAGAAGGUCUAAAGUGUCUUGUAGUCCCCAUUGGACACCCAAAUAGCGAGUCAAAAGAGAUUGAAUGGAGGUUGUCAUUUUCCGUAGCUGAGAGAGAACUUAUUCAUAAUAUGUAUGAACCAUACGGUCAAUGCAUGGUUGCUCUGAAGAUAGUGAAAGAAAUGUACAUCGUUUACAAUGAUACUGAAGAACCAACGCCAUUCUGCACAUAUUUUUUAAAGACAGCUUGCUUGUGGAUGUGUGAAACUUUACCGAAUGAAGAAUACAGUACUAUGAAUUUUAUUAGAAGUGUACUGGAUUGGCUUAUAGACAGAUAUCAAGAAAGACACCUGCCCCAUUAUUUCAUUCCAAAACAAAAUCUGAUUGGUCAUUUAUCUGGUCGAUGUUGUGAUGACGUCAUUGCAAAGUUGACAUCAGUUAGAACUAAUUUUUGGGAAAUCCUAGAGUCAAGUACUGAUAAGUUUAGUGGUGAAGCUGAUUUGGAAGGCCUAAAUUGGUUUAUUAUUAAUAAUAGGCCUACAUCCAAGAAAAUGGAUAAAGAAGAAGAAGCCAUAUUCAAAGAACCGCAGGAGUUUAAUUAUAUCUUGAAUAAGAGCUUUACAGAGAAUUAUGAACAUUUUAUUUCCUGGCUACAUCAUAAUAUAAUUCUCUUGGAUCAUAAAGUAAUUGCGAUUUUAUUAGAAUCAGACUUUGAAAAUUUUAUAAUUGAUGAAUUUAUCCAGACCUGUGAUCACCCGUCUGAAAUUCUGAGAUUUCCAGAAGAAAUCAUAAUGCCAGUUGUAGAAGGUAUUGAGGAGAUAGUGGUGAAGGAUUAUGUAGAAAUGAUUAAGACGAUUUUGUAUAGAAAGUUAGGUGAUCUGUAUACUUACUUAUUAAUUUACUUGCGAAGAAUAUGUCCUUAUAAAGACCUGGCUCAUUAUCGAAGUAAAAUAUUGCAUUACUACGCAUUAGGAGCAGAAAUGGUGUUUCUUAACAAAUGGAGUGACGAGGGUAUAGGUGGUAAAGCUCUUGUAGUAAAAUACCAUUAUUUAAUGGGGAAUAAUGAGGCAUUAAAAGAGACAUUAAUGAAGUGUAAACCUGUAUUUAUGAAAAUUGCAGAAAAUGAAGAUGUGAUGAAUAGGCUAGUUGGUAUUGAGUUAACUGCAAACUCACUUGUAAUGAGGAGGGCGUGGGCUGAUGAUAAAUACAUUCUGCAACUUGCCCAGAGCUCUUAUGGAGGGAGCGUUACAAUUCAUCCAGUUGUACUUGUCUUUUAUAUAAUGGCCAGAGUAUCUCUGAAAGAGGGAGAUCGGGAAAAUGCAUCUGCAAUUUUGAAGAACAUAGAGGUAUGUUUGAGAAUUCACGAUACAGACAAACGUGAGGUCGCAAAAUCAUUGAUUGAAUUUAUAGAAAUUGAAAUAUUUGAAGUAACACGAAUGCUAGGCCUAUACCGUUGGAGUACAUUAAAAUCAUUAAACAGGCCCGCCUUGGUCCAUAUGCUAAAUCAACCAACAUAAUGAUUUAAGAAAACACAAAAUGUUAUAGUUAUAAUCUUUCUAUUAUUUUUAAUAAAUAUAUUCCGUUGGCUUUUCGUAAUCUUCAUGUUACAGCUGAAAUCGGUUAGUUAACCACAUCAAGUGAUAAUAAUGGAUUCCAUGAUUUUUUUAAAUGUUAAAGCAAUGGAAAUAUUAGUAAGUUGUUUAUUAAUGCGAUGGUUUGUGUCCGCGGUUUUGUAGGCUUUCUCUCACAUGGCCUAGUAAACGGUUUUGGAAGCUUUCUCUCCUAUGGCCUAGUAAGCAACUUGAGGCAUGAUUCGUGAGACUGAUGGUGGUAGGCCAUACUUAAAUCCUUAACAGAUAAAUUUAGUUUAAUGUUUUAAUACGUCUAUGGGUUUCAUUGUGUAGACAUAUAGUCUCUUAGUUUGUGCAAACAAAAUAUAUAUAAUCUCUUCAUAUUAUUAAAGAAUUUAAAUAAUAAUGUAGGGAAUUUUAAGCAAUGUAUUAAACAAGAAUUAUUAAAUAAGUAUUGUACUAAACAUCAUCUUUGUUAUUGUUAUUAAGGAUUAUAAUUUGAUUUUAUGUUAAGUAUUAUUUCUUGUUCUGUUCUAUUUAUUUUGGGUUUAUGUUUAAAGCUCUGAGCUUAUUUUGCCAGGCCAUUUCCAAUUCAUUUAUUUGAUUUGAUAUUGCAACUUGUUCUCAUCGUAUUGUUUUAUAUUGUUUUAAAAUUGGAAUAAAUUCGUAGAUUUAUUGAUUUUCCCUUAGGCUUCCCUGCGAAGAACACAUAGUCCUAAACAAAUUACAAGUCUUAUUAACGCCGCCUACUGUUACUUAGAUUGGGUGCCGUGCGAAGGCUAUAACCAAAACGCAUUAAAUUGAAUGAGCAGAGCUCUGAGAAUCGUUCCACCGA